AUUUUGAAUUUGGUAUUGAAAAAUUCGUUCAUUCAAAAAAAUUUUCCCGAAACCGGAGAUGUUACGAUAGGAGUUUGGAUUGAUGAUACCAGAUUAGAGAAUGAAAAACCGAAAUAUCAUUGUCUUCCUUCUAAACCCUGGCCGAAAGAUAUCAUCGAUGCUUGGUACGAAGAGCUAAAUCAGCCAGAUAUUUCAGACGUUCAAUUUAACUUGUCAGAAACAACAAUAUUUGCGCGUAGUUCUAUUCUCACAAAACGCUCGGAAUAUUUUCGAAAAAUAAUCGAAGGUAGUUGGAUUGAAGGUUCGCAGCGAGGUUCUCAGCAAAAUAAUUAUAAUAAUCGACAUCCAAAUAAAAAUCACACGGAUAAAGAACCAGAAGACGAAUCAGAAUCAUCAAAUGAUGAAGUACGAUUAAACGACGACGGUGACGUGCCUUCCCAAGAAGGAAAAAAAUAUCAGAUAAAUAUACCCGAUGUUCAUCAGGAAACUUUUAUGGAAUUACUUCGGUUCCUUUAUACGAAUCACGUUGAAUUCGAUUCCAACUCUUUACAUAAGAGACCAAUUGAUAUAUUUAUCGUAGCAGAUAAAUAUCUUGUAACCGAAUUAAGACAAAUAGCGAAAUCUAAAAUCUUUAAUGAAUUAACUGUUGAAAAUGCUGCAGAAUUUUUGUUUGGAGUAGUUUGGCAAUGGUCUGAUUUAAAAUCAGAU